AUGCGUCAGCACCUGGCAGAACUUCAAGUGCAACAAGCAGCAGCCGAGCCUGCUGUGAGCCAGCUGGAGCGGGCACGAGCUGCAUCUGUUGUGAGCUGCCGGCACUCCGCAGAGGCAAGACGGAACCCGCUGCAGUUUGGACUUUCUUCAGUGCUGUGUGAAAGAGGCACCCCUGUGCAGCGGGCAUUGGGAGCUUCUUUGCAAGCCAUCGUGCAGACACCAGCUCAAUGGCAGGCAACCUUGGAAGACAUCUGUGACCCCUCCAGGUCAACUCAACCUUUGGAUCUGAUCCUCAAUGGUGCAGGUCUGGCUUGCAGUGCAACAGCGUUGGCCAACAUCACAGGUAGAGGCGGGCAACAAGCUCAGAGAAGUCUUAUACAGGCUGGGUCAGCAACUGUGGAGUCAUCCGCUCUUUUGCUGGGUAGCAUGUUCGAGACGUUGAACAGUGGGCAGUCGCCUCUAGAGCCUUUCAUGUUGAUUCUCAAAUACAAAUAUGACGAAACACCCACAAAGGUUCGUGUGGCCACUGUGUCUGCCACACAUGAAAGCGACAGCCACGCUUUGCAGCAUCUGAUCGUGCCUAAGUCUUGCGUCAAGGGCCCGGAGCUUCAGCAUUUCCUGAAAACCCAGGGGCAGCUUGGUCAAGGCCGUACGAUGCAAUCGGCGACGCACGCGAAGAUCUUGCAGACUCAUGUAAGUGUCAUCGCUCUCUACAAGGUCAAGCAGCAGCAACAGCAUUUUGCUGUGGUGCAGAGCGCUUUUCCAUGCAGUCUUCAAGCCAUGGAUAGAGCGACCGGCGAGACGCAGAGGAGAGCUGUGUGGGAAACAUUCAGCUCCAUACCCGAGAUGACGAGACUGCUGGCAGCAUUCCCACUGUGUGUCCGCCAGUCGACCACCGACAGGUACACGGCCAACUUCCGCACGGAGGCCGGAUUGGGAGCGUGGCUCCCAGGUGUGCUGCUUUGCCACCUGGGGUGCGAUGCGCACAAGGCGGCAACGACCAUCAAGAACUGCUUGAAGCCGGCUCAAGCAGAUGUCUCAGGGGUCCUGAACACAGGGCUCAUGUUGAUGUCCGACUUAGCCGUGGUCAAGAAGCUUCGCGAUAUCUUCAUCGCCGUUCUGUGUGCAGAGUUGCAAGUGCACAGUUCAGCCGGCCCGGAGAAUGCUGCUGAAUGCCAACGCUAUCGGCGUGAAUGCUUCGAGAUGUUUUUGCCCACUGAAGGGGCUAUGAGAUGGAUUGCAGUGCUGGAGUCACAACACAAACUGUUCACCAAGCUGUUGUCCACCUAUCUGGGCAAGCCUUCGGUGCAGCCUGUGCAUCAAGAUUCUGAGACUCAUGCACCUGGCCAAGACGCAUGGUCUGAUGUUAUACAGGAUGUGGUCGGUGCAGGCCCUGCUCCAGCGGGUCAGGGAGCAGCAGCAGCAGCAGCAGCAAGCAGCAACCUCAGUGGCAAUCGCCCUGAUGCAGCCGGCAGCGAUGAGGUUGUCGAUGCUGCAAGUGCCUUUGCGCUGGAGAAUGCCAGGCGUCGUGCUAGUGUUCAAGAGUACGUGCUGAGUGAUCCCUUGCCCAGGCUUUGCAUCAUGCAACAAGUACUGCAGCCAACCCAUGAUUUCACGACAGAGAUGUUGGGAAGAAGUAGUGCGGCGUGGGAGCAGAAGCAGGCGGGCCUUGCUGCUGUGGGCAAGGAGAGAACGUACGUGAUCCUGGAAGAUGCGAAAGGUGAGGCAGUGGCCACCACGAUGGUCAGGCUGUUGGAUGUCCUGCACCAGGAUGCUCGCGGCUUCCUUGGCCCUGUUGCCUGUGCAUUGCGAGCCUUGAAGUUUUGCAUGUGUUCUGCCACGAUGUGCUCCAUGCAUUCCUUGAUUCGCCUUUGCCAUCAAGCUCUGCCUUAUCAGAUGUUCCGUCUUUUGGACGACCCUGCCGCUGCUGACAGGCUGCUUGACCUUCCGCCGUGCAUGCUUGACCAGGUGUUUUCGGAGUUGAAGCAGAAAUAUCCUGAACCGGAUCUUCUUUUGGGUGCAGAAGCGAUUUCCAUCGUGAAGACACUGGCAUGGGCGGCCAGCACGAAUAUCGCUGAUCUGGAGGCCUCUCACAACUCCACGCGUGACUUCUCAGCCAUCCGCUCACGUGGCUGGACCUGCUCCUUGGAGUCGGUCAGCGCACGGCACGUGCUGCAGCAGAAGCUUCGACUGCUUGGUGCAACACACACCCGUGGCAGGCGCACUUUCAUUGCUGCAUCGCUCAAGCGUUGCAUGAAAAUUCUGCGCUGCAAAUUGCCAUCAGCCAGCGGCAAGAAGUCGAAACCACGGCGCGGUGGUGGUGGAGCUUGGAGGGCUUUCGUGUCCUUCCAUGCUCAUGGAAAGAAACUCACAGCGACCUUGGCUUCACAUCUAAGCCAACUUUACAGGAACUUGGACGACGAGGAGAAGGCAUGGUUUGCAGAAGCAGGGGCAGCAGGCACACGAGCGCAUGCCGAUGGUCACAAGGCCUUUGGUGAGCGUGCCCCUGUGCAGUCACUACCAGGCGAGGCUUCCAGAGUCAAUCCAGAUGCCGUUGUUGCUCGGGACGUGGAACGUCAGGGUGAUUUCAGCCUGGUCACGUUGCCCGGUUCCUCUUUUUCUGAGCGAUACGAGGAAUUCAAACAGUCUCUUCCAUCGAAGCCAGCUCAUGAGACUGAUGCUUUGGCCCUCACCAAAGCAGAAUCUGAAGCAGUGCAAAAGGUCGCGACAGAUUUGGCCAAACUCCCUGCCAAGGAUUUCUUGGACAGUGAAGGCCAUGCUGAGCUUCUGAGCGGUUUCGAAGGCCUUCCGAGCCAUUCUGGGGCCCAUCGGCAGGAUUCUGCCCCAACAGUGUUCUUCAACUGGCUUGCUCCCACCGACAAGGUUGUGCAGGCCACUUUGCGAGAUGAUCCGGCUGCAACAGCAACUCGAAGGCGGUACGGUCUGUCAGCUGCGCUCACUCGCUCCUGGACCAGGCGGUGCAGAGUGCUGCUGCAUGCGGAGCAGAAGCCCAUUCUGCCGGCUGAUCUUGAGGAUGUGUUCAAGGAAAAGCCAUGUCUGAAGUAUGGCUUAUGCGUUUGUGGGCAAUCAGAUGUGUCAGUUCCAGAUGCUCUUCAUUGCUUUAACAAUGUGAAGCGCUGGAUGCAACCUGUGUUUGCGAAAGUGCGGAAAGUUUCCCCCAAGGCAAGGGUCUUGAUGGACGGCCAUCUGGUGGUCUUUUGCUUUGCUGCUGGUCCAGCAUGGGGCAUUGAGGAAGGUGAUGAUGUCGAGCGAUCCACUUUCGAUAAGCAGGAACCAAAAUGUGAAGUCCAUUUCCUGCACAUCGGGCAUGUCAACUACAGUAGCUGGCAUUUCACAGCUGCCGAGCUCUCUGAUGAUUUGGAGCGUCUUGGGGUUUACGGUUUGAUCGCCGAAGCUGACGAAGCUGGCACUUUGCAAUUGGGCAUGUUGCCGUCGGCUGAAGCUGGGCCAUCGCUUGGUGUCAUGACAGAUCUCCAGUUCUUUCGGGACCUGGACCUCAGCCUUGCAUGGAUGCUCUCUGCUUAUGCAAUCUCGCUGGAUGAAGAUGACUGGCAACACUGGGAUACUUCCUGCAAAGUUGUGCCGAUCAAAGCAGUGGAGCCAUCCACAAUCCCAUCUUGCUGGGUGUGGCGUGGGUCUGAUUUUGAGAAGCACCACCGAAAAGUUCGGCAGGAAAGGGGAACAAAGCGAUCUGCCAAUACAGAUGCAGCAUCCUCCAGGGGUUCAAAGCCUUCAAAGCGCACGGCUCGAGAUCCUCCCAAACCUGCUGACAACACGAGGGACGGUGACAUCGACGAUGCCCUGGAUGUGCUUCUUGAAGCAGAGGUGCAGGCAGGUGAAGGUGGCCGGGCUCAGGGGCCUGAUGUGCCAAUGGAGUUCGACCCAUAUGGCUGGUUUGAUAGGGAUGAUCCGAAAGAAGUCGAUGAGCAGGGUGCUCAUGAGCCAGGCCCAGAUGUUCGGCAGACUGCAGCUGGGACUGACGAGUCCGAGGAAUACCAGCAUUGGCUGAAGCAAAUCGAAGAUGCGUACUUGGAAGAUUAUUCUCCGUCCUAUGCAGGUUCUGAUGCUGAGUUUGAUUGGGACGGCUUGCUUGCAGAAGAUUCAAAGGAUGCUGCAGAUCGUGCGGCUGAGCCUCCAGCUGAGGCAGCGGAACCAAAUCCAGAUCUCGACGGCUUGCCAGAUGAACUUCCUGGGGCUGCAGCUGGAGCCGCACGUGCUCCGGCAGCUCGAGAUCGCCACGAGGACUUUGACAAAACGGAAGUGGAAGUGCCAGGUUACGGACGGCUCCGGUACUACAAGCAUCGUGAGCAGAAGCAGAUAAUUGCUGUGUGCGGGUUUCACAAGGACUGUCGCGUGAUGCGAAGCCUCACCCGCAACCCCAACGCGAAGCAGCCGGACACAGCACUAUUUGGGCAGGGUCGGCCUCUGGGAUUAGUGAUCGCGUGGCUCAAAUGCCAGCAUGAGCACACAAGCCAGCAAGAGCAUAUCCACAGCUUUCAUGUCGAUUUCCAGGCACGUCAGGAUGCCCGAGUUUGGUUUCUUGAAAAUGUAGAAGAUGCUGCAGACUGGGCUGGCUUGGAGAGAGAACAAGCAGAUGGGGAGGGGGAGGCCCUCGUCGACUAUGUCAAGCAGCAUCACGAGCCUUUGAAACUGGCAUCGUUGAUGCUGGAAGAAUCCAGCCCUCUGUUCAGGGAGCACUUCGAUGCCUUUGUCCAAGAGAGCACUACCCUCACGGCACAGUGUCAGCUUAGGGGCAUAUCCUUUCGUGCGGAGGAGAUGCCGUUUGAGAAGAAGUGGCAGACGCAGUCCAGGAAGCUACGUGUUGCAGCUGGUAAACCUGGCUUGGCCGUGACUGCAAAGCCUUGGACCUCUUUGCCAGACAUCAAGCUUGAUGGCAUUUCCCACAAUGCUCGUGUGAAAGAGGUCUUAGAUCUAGCUGUGCUUCAGUAUUUGGGAAGGACUGGGUGCUCUGACGGCUCCGAGGGUGGGGUUCGGAAGAAGUGUCAGGACCUUUACACUGACGUUUCCCAAAACCCAAACCGCAAGUCCUUUACGGCUGCAAGUGGCAGCUCGAGAUGCCUCACCACGUCGAGCACGAUCUAUUCGCAUGGCCGUGACAGGGUCGUGUUGCCUCUGGAGAUGCUUUUCUUUCAGGGCCACACGGUGGACGUGAAGAUCCCGGAUGGCAUGAAGCAGCGGUCUUUGCGCAGCCUUGCUGGUGAGGGCAUUUGUCUUCCCUGUUUGGCAACCCUGCUUUUUGCCUUGCACUGCACAGACAGCCUGGAUGUGUAG